ACACAGUGAUGACGUAUGCGUACGCUCAUAGUAUGCGACGCGCCUUUUAUUUUUCGUGGAAGGUCCAUUCGGCUCAAAAGUUUUAACAGCAAAUCCCAAACAGUGACUUUCGCUAUAAUGGCUUUCUGCGACGAUGAGUCCUCGGACGUCGGACCCGCGGGUCAAUCCAAGCUGGAGAGCUUCCUGUUCACCUGCGAGCUGUCCUCCAAAGUACCCUUCUACACUUUUCAGGGGGAUGAAGAGGAGGACCUGGAGCACUUCCUCGAACUCAGGACGGUUUGUCUGGGUGAAGGAGCCAAGGAAGAGAGCAACGUGGUGGAGGUAACGGCCAUGAACCACCAGGGGAAGACCAUAUCCGUGCCCAUCGCUAACCUUCACAUCAGCUGUCUGCCUAUGGUGAGUCUGGGCGAGUUUGAGCUGAAAGCACCAGUGACCAUUCGUCUCAAGGCUGGGACGGGCCCAGUGACUGUCAGCGGCCUGCACCUCAUCGCCUCAGAGGUUGAAGACUCUGAUCUGUCGGAUGAGGAAGAUGACGAGGAGGAGGAGGAGAUCUCCCCCAUUAAACCUGCAAAGAAAAAGCAGAAUCAGUAGAUGGCGAGGUUGCUGGUGUGUUUCUAGGAAAAGCCUCUCCUGCUUGCAGAUCCGUUUUAAUAAGUAACAGAUUUUUGUACCAGACGGACACCGUUUACAGAACCACACAUCCACGUAAAUGCUGAGUGUGGCAGCAGCUGAACAUGCUGUCGGAGGAGGAAUGCGCACGGUGAUGUCCAGCCUCUCCGCUUCUGUCUCAGCAGUGUAAAUAACCAGGACUCAGACGUUCACGUAUGGAAGAACUGUUUUUGCUACGCUUCUCUGUUUUAUACUGUAUGUGAUGCAGUCACAGCUGACAUGAAUUCAUUGCAGCAGUGGUGGAUGAUGUCUUUACUCCUCUGGUUUCUGGUAAUGUUUAAAGAUACUGUUCAGUGUGUGUGUGUGUGUGUGCGCGUGAGACGGGAUGGAAGACUUCCUUCUGAAUGAAGCAUACAGUGUGAUCUGCAUUUCCAGUUGUUUGUACUCAGAAACUUUCCCCACGGGACUAUCUCAUAAAUGUGAUGUUUUUGUACUCGGGAAAUGCACCAAAUGAGCAAAAUCUGCAUUCUGAGUAAUUUGAAAUAAAAUAGUCAGUUCUGACUUAUUCAUGAA